CUUCAUGGCUUCACGGGGCUCAACCUUAUAUCUCUUAUAUCUCCGCAUCCCUUACAUCUCUGCAACCCUUACAUCUCUGUAUCCCUUACAUCUCUACAUUUCCUUAACCAUUGCAUCCAUCAACCUUUCCCUUUUUUCAUGGUAACGUCGUUGCUGUUCUAAUAUCGUUUCCAUUUAUUUAAUUUCUGUAAAGACAAUAUUCACAAAUUGUUUGUCAACUAUGUAUAUAGAGGUUAUUGAUAUAAUUUAACAUACAUAGAUGCAAUUCCAAACAAAAAAUAUUAUGCAUCAACUGUAUUGCCACCUGGUAGCAGUUGCAGAAAAGAAUAUUUAGACAUUUCUAUUCUGCGGUCACUGUAUCAUGUUAGUCAAUGUUUGGAAGAGUUUGGAAUAAAUCUGGUUAACGAAAUACGUAUAAAUUUAAUUAAGGGGAGUACGUGAGCUUAAAAUUUCCUGUUCUUUUUUGUUUCUCUGUAAUAGGUGUUUAGUUACAGUGAAAUUUAUAAAAGAAGAUCUUUAGAAAACGUUUUUCAACCAUGACAAACAUGACAGAGGAAAUUCAGAAGAAUCUAAAAAAGGAAAUAGACAAAUAUAAACAAGUUCAAAAAGAUUAUUCCAAAGCAUUGAUUCAAAGACAACAGUUGGAUGCACAGUUAAAUGAGAAUAUUGCAGUUAAGAAAGAAUUGGAUCGUAUGAAACCAGAAGAUGAUGUUUUUAAACUAGUAGGAACUGCUCUCAUUAAACAGGAUUUAGAAGAAGCUAAGCAAAAUGUUGCUAAGCGGAUGGAAUAUAUUUCCUCUGAAUUGAAACGAGUGGAAGAAUUAAUAACUACCUUAGAUAAGAAACAAGAUACACAUCGUGAAACAUUAGAAAAAUAUCAACACAUGUUUCAACAGGCUCAAUUGAAAGCAUCCCUUUCUCAACCAAAGGCAUAAUUUCACACAUGAAAUAUAAAGGGUCUACAUAACAAGGUUUUAUAAUCUUCUGUAAUAAAGAUCAUGUAACCUUGAACAUCUUUAUAUCUAAUGUUUUAUUAUAUUUAUUAAUAAAGUUUGAUCAAAGUUUU